UCUUUACCUUCUUUUUCCUUUCUUUUUUAUGUACUGUAUUCACACCUGACGAAAAGGAUAGAUUUCAAUCCUCAUUACGUUGUGUUAUGAAUUGUUAUAACAUAAUAUAGCGAUAGCAAAUGUCCAAAAUCCUAGUAACCUUAAAAAUGUUAUAACUGAAUUGAAUCUGAAACUGAAAGGUGGAAAUUAUCUGUGGACUGUGGUUCAGUCGUCAGUGGUUAAUGUGUAGUGCUGUGUGAACGUCUUGGUUCUUAGUCUUACACGUGUUAAUUGGUGUAAAUAAUAUACUUCGUGUUAUUAUAAAUAACAAAAAUAAAAUGACCUCAGAAGGAAAGAAUAAAAGAAGAUUUAAUUGGAAAGAUGCGAACACAAACAAGAAAUUCCAUGGAACACGUGAAUACAAUAAUGAAUUUAAUAAUGGACCCGUAUGGGAGGAAGCCUACGGCUCACAAAGUUCAUACCAAAAGUCUUAUGGCCGUCCAAAUCGUUCAUGGGGAAGGGGUAGAAAUCAUUGUAACAGAUAUCAACAUAACCGUUAUAAUAAUAAUAAUUUUCAACAACCUCAAGCUUUCACUCUUCCUAUUUUGACAGAACCACUAACCGAACCAGAAGAAGGUGGAGUGUCAGGUCCUGGUUCUGAAAGCGAGAGAUUAGAGAAAAUUUUAGCGACCAAGAAACGUCUUGAAGAAGCUUUAGCAUCCAAACCAUCAGAUGGAAGUCAUCAAGGAAUCUCUUUUCGAGAUUCGUCAAAAAAUACAGAAAGGGUCAAAACUAGUGAGAACAUUUUAGAAGUCACUGGUGUUGAUUUGAGAUUAACUAACAGUGAUUUCAAAGAAAUAGGAUCAGUUGUAACUAAUGUUGCAGCCGAGGGAGAAGUUGAAGGCAAUGAUAUUAUUUUGAAUACAUCACAUUGUAUCUCUCAACAAAGAUCAUUUGACACGGCUUGUCCAAAUCCGCCAUCAACAUCAAGUAAAACACCAAGGGUAGGGGGCUGGAGUGUGUCUGCUCUAAAUGAAUUGAUUUCUUCUGAAGAGCCAGUUCAUACAAAUCUUCCGAAAACUGGAGGAGAAAUGUAUUUCCAAGAAACGCGAGAAAGAAUCUUAGGAAAUGUACAAUCUUCGUCUACCCAACAGUCUCUUGAUAACCCGCCUAGACAGUCCGCCCCUAAUACAAGCUAUCAACAAAGAAAUAAAUUUUCCAGAGUGGGGAGAUUAUAUCAGAGUUUUUUGAAAUCGAGGUUAUGUGGUUAUACUUUGAAAAUGAGAGAUAAAAUAAUUAAGCCCUCGGGUCCUAAUCCAUUCCUGGAUAAAUCUGUUUUGGAUAAUACAAAUGCAAAUGACAUAGAAAAAGAAAGUGCAACAUCAAUAGGAAAUAAAAUAUUAGAGUUGCAGAUGCCUCGUCCAAUACCAGUAAAAAUGGAAGAUAACGGAGGUGCUAGGGUGAACACUCCAGAAGAUAUUGCAGCAGAAGAGGCAAAUGAAUUUUGCAAAGAAUAUAGUUUUCUAUUGACACACCCUAACUAUCUGAUACCACCAGAGGAUCUUGAGAAAUUUGGUUUGGGUCACUUGAGUGAGAUGACUAGACUGCUCAAUGAGAGGAGAAAUGAUGGCAUAAAUACACCACCUAUAGAAGAUCAGGAUAACCCUCUUAGAGUGAGAUCUUUGAAUGCAUUAAAUAGUGUUACAGAACAAGAUAUCACAUUCAAUCAACCAGUAAAUAAGUCUCAUUCCAAUACCUUGAAUGUGUCUACUCCAAGUACAAACAUUUAUAAUUCAAGGGAACAAGAACCAGGUGGUGUAAUAAGUCAUAAACAAUACUUAAGUAGCGGAAGUCAACAGCAUAAUCUGUUUAACGACUUAAGAAACCAAUCUCCAAACAGUGGUUUUACAUUUUCUCUACCACAGGUAUCUACAAGGUCUAACGUUUCGUCUGAUACAAAUAAUGUUAUUAUUCAGACUGUGGUGGAGAGAGUUAUGGAAGAACUGUCAAAGUCUGCCAAUACAAAUUCACAAAUACCAAAUCUUAGUAGACAGAAUCAGUCGAGAGACACUUCACACUCAAGUAUUGUAACAAAUUAUAAUGAACCGAUAUCAUCAACCAGCAAACAAUCCUCAACACAUUUGCAAGGUAACAAUGACAAAUUACUUAAAUUGUUCCUAAUAGACAAACAAAUAGAAAAUCUUAGACAAGAAAAAAUGAAAAUUUACAAUGAGAUGUUGUCAAGUAAAGAAAUAUCAUCAACUGUGCUUAAUUGUUGGGCUCAAGAUCAAAUCCAACAAGGAAAUUUCAGAAAUUUGAUUACAAACUCCAAUGUUCAUUUGAACACGUCAACAAUAUCGGAAGUAUCAGAAGUUACAAACAAAUCUAUUCAAGAGAAUAAUUUACUUGUUCCUCUUGGCGGAACAUUCAACAAAAGUUGUCUCCAAGAAGCAGUUUUGGAGUUGGCUGAAUUGAAAAAAGAAGAUGCAACAAGUAACAAGUUAGGUGGUAUGAGAGUGGAAGCGUGUUUACCAAAUAGCAUAGAACCUCACGAGAUAUUUAAUUCAACACCAGUUGGUUUGAAUGUGGACAAUAGUGUACCAAAGCUGAGCGUCAGGAAGGACCUGCACGAUCCAAACAUAACUAGGAGAUUGUGUGAUGAGGAAAAUGUUUUGAAGGACCGUAAAACUGAGGAAUCAUCAAGUGAGUUGAGUUCAAAAAGUUCUAAAGACAAUAUUAGAGUUAAAAACUCUGUGCAACAGAAAAAAGAGAAAAAGAAAAAUAAAAAGAAGAAAAAGAAAGGAGAAGCAGAUUGUGUGAUUGACUUAGUUGGUGAUACAUCAGAGGAAGAAACAUGCAGUAUUUCUCAGGAGGGUAGUGUGUGUGGAAUUGAUCCAUUAGCUCCUGAUGAUACCCACCCAAGAUCUUUGGAGAAUUGUAUAUUGAACAAUGAUCCUUCAGGGAAGAGUCCUAAUGGAUCAGUGUUGCUUCCAGAAAACUACAAUGCAACAUGCAUGACGACAUUAAACAAUAUAGUGAUAGUUGGUACAAAGGAAGGACAUUUAAUAGGAUUUUCACAACAUACUUUAAAACAACGAUUUUGUAAAGAAAUUCAUUCAGAUUCUAUUAUCUGCCUACAAAGGAUCUCUGAUUAUUUGAUGACUGGGUCAGCUGAUUCUACCAUCUCCAUACUGACAAUGGCAAAGAAGCAAUCCAAAAAAAUAAGUGUGUUGCAAAUACCAGAAACUGCUCCAGUGAUGUGCUUGGAGUGUCGGUUUGGUUAUGUUUAUGGCGGAACCAAAACUGGAUUCAUGGUUGUCUACAAAUGUAUCAUGAAGGAGACCCAGACCAUUGAAGUAAAAAAAAUUAAUGUAAAAAAACUUACCAACAGCAGCAUUAUGGCAUUGAGAGCAGUCAAGGUGGAAUCGGAUAUUCAUGUGAUAGUUGCCAGUCGUGGUGAACAGAUCACUGUCCGUAGUGCCUUCACUGGUGCAGUAAUUAGGACUUUUGAUUGGUGCGAUACAGUGUACUGUCUUAAGUUACAUAAAAAAUCAACUUCAGUCUACUGUGGUACCAAUACUAAGGGUGUGAAGGUAGUUGAUUAUGUGAGUGGUGAAAACGUUCAUGACUGUCAAGUGGGUAGAGCCGUAGUUAAAAUUGCAUUCUCUCGAAAUGUCAUGUUUGCAGCUUGCUACGAUGGAAAAGUGUAUUUUUAUGAUCUCGAGAAUCAAAAGCUGAUCAACUCACUGGUUGUUUCCAAAGGAAUUAUAGUGAACAUGAUAAUCUUUAAAGGAAAGAUCUUUGUAGUCGAUAACAAAAAGGAGUUACAUGCAGUGCCAUUUCCAGAAGAAUUGAAACUCCAUUUUAACACAAAUGGUAAAGAUUGAAAGUAGCUAGUAAUGAGGAAGUUUUUAGAAUUGUAUUUACAGAAUACAAUUGGGCAUUAUUGAUACAAAUAUUGUAUCCCAUGUUGAAGUCAAAAUCAAAUUAGUUGUUUACUAAUUAAAGUAAAAGAAUAAAGAAUCGCCCUACUAGUAUAUCUAUGCUGGUCUGUGAGAGUGACAGAGAGCAUGUCAGGUGUUGCUUGGAGUUUUAUGCAUACCCAACCCAGCCAUAUGACUAAUCUAGGUUUUAUAAAUUUAACGUAAAAUAACAAUACGUUAACAAUUAUUAUAAAAUGAGUUCUAAUAAGAUUAUAAAACUAUAUACUGGUUACAUCGAGUUUUUUUUGUUAUAUGUGGUGAGGUACUAGAACUUUAAAUUAGUUUGAGAAGAUAAUUGACAUUUAAUUCUAUACAGAAAUAAGUUCCAGGAACAGAAAAUAGAUUGAUACAAAUGGACAACCAUAUACAUAAUGAAAUAAAUACAUUAAUGAAAUGACAUUAAGAUUAACAACACUGUUGGUUUAUAUUGUACCUGAAAUUCAUUCUAGUUUUUCUAUAAAUUAAUGAUGGCUUAUUGUAUGUAAAAUGAAUGAAUUGGAAUGAAUUUGUACCAUCAAAAGCUUGUUUUUGAUUAAUGACCAGAAAAGAAACUCAACAUUAGGUGCCAACUUUGAUAAAGACCUCAUAAAAGCGUCUUAUCAAAGUUACAGUACUCUUCUAAAGAUUGAUUAAUGAUGCUAUCAUAUAAUUAAUGAAUUAGAUCAACCAUGGUAAUGUAUAUUUUUGGAGAGUUCUUUGCAAACUUGUUCCUUGUAUAUAUUGUAAUGUAUUAUUUUAGUUUUGUACAAUAAAAAUAGAUAUUUGUAAAUUUU